UCAGUGAAAGUAGAAGUCGGGAGGAGCACAGAAAUUACUAUUGAGUUGGUACAAGCAAAAUAUUUGUGAAAGUGUGUUGACACCAAUUUUUCAAGAUGGGGGCACUUUUUCGAAGUGAGGAAAUGAACUUGUGCCAGAUUUUUCUGCAGUCUGAGGCAUCAUAUGCUUGUGUGUCAGAACUGGGAGAGUUAGGCCUUGUUCAGUUCAAAGAUCUUAAUCCUGAUGUGAAUGCUUUCCAAAGGAAGUUUGUCAAUGAGAUCAUGCGAUGUGAUGAAAUGGAAAGAAAGUUGAGAUACAUUGAGAAAGAGCUUAAGAAAGAUGAAAUGAAAAUUCCGGACACAAAUGAAAACCCAAAGGCUCCUGCUCCCAAAGAAAUGAUAGACCUGGAGGCGACAUUUGAGAAAAUUGAAUCAGAGCUUCGUGAAGUCAACACUAAUGCUGAAGCUUUGAGGAGAAACUUUCUGGAGCUAUCAGAGCUGAGAGAGGUGUUGAAGAAGACACAAGUAUUUUUUGAAGAACAUGGUGGACACCACAGUAUGAUCGACGAUGCCCAGAUGGCACUGGUCCAUGAUGAAGCUGGUAUGCCUUCAACUACAGUCCAACUUGGAUUUGUAGCAGGUGUGGUACCUAGAGAGAAAAUCCCAGUGUUUGAGAGGAUGAUGUGGUUUGCAUGUCGUGGUAAUGUGUUCCUGAGGUAUGAAGACAUCAACCAGGUGAUGAAGGAUCCUGUCACAGGAGAUGAAAUCCACAAGUCUGUCUUCAUAGUAUUCUACCAAGGGGAACAACUCAAAGCAAGAGUGAGAAAAAUCUGUGAGGGAUUUAAAGCUGUUCUAUACCCAUGUCCAGAGAAUGCUCAGGAGAGGUUUGAGAUGUCAAAUGGUGUAGCUACUAGAUUGGAGGAUCUCAAAACUGUGUUAUACCAGACUGAAGAACACAGGAGGCGUGUGCUUGCAAGCGCCCAGAAGGAGAUUAGACAGUGGGUGAUCAAAGUUAAGAAAAUCAAGGCAAUUUACCAUACCCUGAACUUGUGUAACUUUGAUCUGUCUCACAACAGUCUCAUUGCUGAGUGCUGGUGUCCUGUUGUGGCUCUGGAGGAUGUGCAGAGGGCCCUCAGACACGGAACGGAGUUGAGUGGAAGCACAGUACCAAGUAUCUUGCAUAGGAUGAGUACAAAGGAAACACCACCUACUUAUUUCCGUAUCAACAAGUUCACUUCAGUGUUCCAAAGUAUUAUACAUGCCUAUGGUGUGGCUGAUUAUCAAGAGGUCAACCCAGCACCAUACACUAUCAUAUCUUUCCCUUUCCUGUUCGCUGUGAUGUUUGGAGAUGUCGGCCAUGGCUUCAUCAUGUUUUUGUUUGGACUUUGGAUGGUUGCUUCUGAGAAGAAACUACUUGCUCAGAAGUCUGACAAUGAGGUGUGGAACAUUUUCUUUGGCGGUCGUUACAUCAUUUUAAUGAUGGGACUGUUUUCUGUAUACACUGGACUCAUCUAUAAUGAAGUGUUUGCCAAGUCAGUCAACAUAUUUGGUUCUUCAUGGAAACCAAAUUAUGAUAAUUCAACGCUUGAAGCCAAUAAAGACCUGACCCUUAACCCAGCAACGAUGUUUGAUAACGUCACUGGGCCGUAUCCUCUGGGGUUAGAUCCUAUAUGGCUGUCCAGUCUUAACAAGAUCACAUUCACUAACUCAUUUAAGAUGAAGAUGUCCAUCACCAUUGGCAUCAGUCAAAUGAUUUUGGGUGUCCUGCUUAGUGUUGUCAACCACAUAUACUACCGUAACUGGCUCAACAUCUUUUGCCAGUUUAUACCAGAGUUACUUUUCCUGUUGUGUCUGUUUGGAUAUCUGGUAGGACUCAUCUUCUUCAAAUGGGUCUCCUACACAAAUGAGUGUACACAGUGUGCCCCCUCGCUUCUCAUUCAUUUUAUCAACAUGUUCCUUGUGAAAUACCAGCAUGCAAAUGAUGGAUAUGAGGAACAAGCUUAUAAAUGUGAAACAGCUGAUCCAGACAUAACAGGAUGUACCUCCCAGACAAUAUUCUAUCCCAAUCAGAUGGUUAUCCAACUUACUCUUGUGGUCGUGGCCUUGUUGUGUGUUCCUACCAUGCUGUUUAUCAAGCCAUUUGUACUCCGGUCCAGGCAUAACAGCAUGUUGAGGAGGAGGGAAGGUCUUUCUGCUAUUUCUCAGAGUGCUCUUAUACAUAAUGAAGAGCUCAAUGAGCAGUCUGGUACUGGAAACGGUACCGCAGACAAAGAGCAAGCUAUCUCCGAUAUUGAGCUUGGGAACGUGCAUUCAUCCGAGGUGAAACUGAGCAUCAACGGGGAAGGUGGGGAACAUAACCAGGCGGAAAUGGAGGACCAGGGUCCUAGUGAUGUGAAAGUAGACGAUUUUGACUUUAGUGAGAUAUUUAUCAGCCAAGCGAUCCAUACUAUUGAGUACUGUUUGGGCUGUAUUUCUCACACAGCAUCCUACCUCCGACUUUGGGCUCUCAGUCUUGCUCACUCACAGUUGUCCGAGGUCUUGUGGGGCAUGCUGUUCCGUAUCAGUCUGACGAUGGAUAUAAAGUAUGGAGGUUCUGUGAUCAUCUUUGCAGUUUUUGCAGUGUUUGCUGUUCUGACUGUUGGUGUCCUGUUGUUGAUGGAGGGGCUGUCUGCUUUCCUCCAUACCCUUCGUCUUCACUGGGUCGAGUUUCAGAGCAAAUUUUACCACGGGAAUGGCUACAAUUUUGAUGCAUUUAGCUUCAAACAUCUCCAAAAUGCUGAUCUGGAUGAUUAAGGAUUUGAAGCCUGGACUGUAAAGCUAUAGAACAUUACAUAUAUGAAGAUUGUGAUAAACUCUUGCCAGAGGUCUAUAUAUAUUUACAUAUACACUGUAAUCUAUACAUUUGAUUCCAGGUGUCAUGUGAUUCAUUUAUAAUUAUCUAUGAUUAACAACGAAUUUGUUAAAAAUUUUAACUGAAGUUUCGUUGCUUUUAAAAGUAUUGCAUAUAAUGUGUGUCUGAUCACAUAUUGACAAAAAGAACAAUGCAGUUUAAAUAUAACAGAUGAGUUAAGACAAAAGUCCAGAUUGGACAGAGUCUGGUUUACACAGUGUUCACCAUAAGUGUGUUUAGGUGACCUUGAGAAGAUGAGACCAGUAUGUCUUAAAAAAGUAUUUUCUCUUUGUAAUUUGCCAAAAUAGGUUGCACUUUCAUUUUGAGAAUAUUUAAGCAGAGUACAAAAAACUUACGAUGUCAAAAUUUUCCAUCUAGCAGUAACUUCAUAUACUGGUAUAUGAAAACGAUGGUCAUUUGAAUAAGUGUCUUUUGGAAGUGUCAAACACGCCUUUUCAUUUUCAGAAAUAUGAAAAUAUAUAAUCAAGAAAAAUGUGCAUUUGAAGUAGUUUUUGUUACAUUCCUGUUAUUAUUAGAUAAUAUAUUAUUGUUUCUCUCAGAAGUGCUUUAGUUUGUAGUUACAUAGAAUGUACCAGUAGUUAACAGUAGUUAUAGAAAUGUUAGAAUCAUUCACUAGAAGUAAUACAGAUCCUUAUCAUUAACACAGAGAGUCAAAAUGGGAUCAAUUGAACAGCUUUCCAAUUAUUUACUUGUAAUUCUGAAGUUCAGUUUUUGAAAUGUACAUGAAAUUUUUUAAUGUUUACCUAAACAAGAAUAUAAAGCUCCAGAUUAAAAAAAAAUGAAUAUUUUUGUUGAAAGAACCUUGGCUUCAACCCAAUUUCAGGACACUUACAUUCAAUUUAUGCAUUAACACUAAAAGGGAUUGUCUACAUGAACGUUUUACAUGUAUUAAUUGGAAUGAAAUUUAAGUUGCAAAUUGCACAAUUCACAUAAUCUUUUAAGUCAUUAUGUGAGGAUGUACCACUAUUGCAUUGCUAUCAGGGGCCAGUUGUUGAAAGCCAGAUUCUCAAAAUUACACAUUUGAAGUACAAUGUACCACAUCGCAGUUUAUUUUCACAGGGAUGAUAUUUUCACUGUUUUUUGGUGCAUUUGUGAAAUAAUGAGACACUUGUGUGUUUGCUGUUCUCCCACAUCUACAUGGUGAAUGUUUCAUUUGUUAAAAUGUAAUUCAUCUGUUUUAUUACAAAAUCUAAAAAAAUUUCCUGUGAAGAUUGCUAGUAAUACUUCAGAAAAUUUACAAUUGAUCAUUUUCAGUCCAAACAAAAUUCAAGCAUGCUUUAAUAUUUUACAAAGAAAUCAUAGCAGAAUUUGACCUAGCAUAUCCAGGUGAUCAAAAGCUGUUUAAUAUCUGAUUUUAUAACAAUAGAUUAAAUAAUGUGUUAUUGGCCAUUGUAUGUAACUUGCUUUUGUACCAUUCAGCGAACCAGGGUAUUUCUAUAUAUUUGCACUAAAUUUAUUAUAUUGAUAUUCAGAUUUGAUUUCAGUAAAUUUUGUAGUUUUCUUGUGGAGGGAUGUCUUAAUCAUUCAUAGCAGGAAUUAAAAACAAAGUACUACGUAUAUUGUACAAAAUCGACAGGAUGUAAUUUGCAGUGUUGAAUGGUGAAUUCAAACAUUAUUGAAGACUGCACAUUUUUGAUGCAGCAAAGUACUAUAUAAGGAGUACUUCUUGAGGUGAUUACUUUUCAAAUACUGCAUUAAAUACAAAAUUAAACAGAUUUUUUUUUUCAUUCACCGAUUCAUCACCUGGUCAUCAUGUUAUUGAAAUUUGCUACCUACAAAUAACGGUAAUUUUCUUUGGACCGAAAAAAAAAAAUUUGCCAAAUCAAUCUAUUGUGAUGUGUUUAAUGUCCUCCAUUUAAAGGACAUAUAAGCAUUAAUCCCAAUUUGCGAAACUGUCUCAGGAAAAAAAAGAUGACUUCCAAAUAUUUCCAAUAUCUAAGAUAACAAAGUAACACUAGUUCUUUCAAUGUAUGUCACAGAACAGGGCUUUAAUAUUGGACGUAUUUAUUUGCUUUGCUAAAUCAACACCUGAGUCCAUGAUUAUCAUAAAUUACAGAAAUUGUGUGGCCUUAUUUAUUGGUUAAAUUGUUUCACUGAGGUCUGCAACCUCAUGUCGUGAACAUUUGCACAAUAUUUGUUACAGUAGAUUUUGAUAAGCAAGGUCAAUUUUGGUUAUGUUUUUAUGAUGGAGUCCAACUUUGUGCCUUGCUUAUGUUCCAUGUUUGCGAUACAAAACACAUUGAACUUUAAGAAUGGCUUCCUGUUUACAAAAUUGUAAUUUUGUCUUCCACGAAAAGUGUCAUACUGGUUAUAAGUUUAUGAUAUGAUGAAUAUUUCAAUUUGUAAAAGAUUAUUUUCUUAAUUAUUCAAUAUAGUUACC